AUGCCUCGAUUAAUAACGGCACGAAAUGCCGCGAUACUCAUCAAUGUCGCCCUCCUGACGGCUCUCUUCCUACACCUGAAAUUCGAACUCUGGGACAAGAGCGCCGUUGCGCCCGGCCCCGCCAGUCUGACACACCUACCGGACGAACUCUACGACGAGCAACGAGCAACGAGCGGUCCGUCGUCGCACAAGCCAAAGGAGAAGGGGGAUGAGGAGGAGGGGGUGAAGCCGCUGCAAGCGAAUGGCAGUGUCAAGGCGCAACAACGAACCGCCGUCGUAGUCGCCAGCCAAAGUUCCGAGAACGCGACGUGGCUCGACGAGUACUUUCCCGAGUGGGAGAAGAACAUUUAUCGAGUCGACGACAAAAAUGCGCCUCUUACCGUUCCCUUGAAUAAAGGUCGCGAAAGCAUGGUGUACCUGACCUACAUAAUCGACAACUACGCCACCCUUCCCGACACCAUCCUCUUCCUGCACCCCAACCGCUACCAAUGGCACAACGACGACCCAGACUACGACGGCGUCCCCAUGCUCCGCCGCUUCCAAUUCCCCUACCUACGCCAGCAAGGCUACGUCAACAUCCGCUGCGCCUGGUCUCUCGGGUGUCCUGCCGAGAUAAAACCACUGGCUGAAGCGGGCGAGCACCGCGAAGCCGUGCAUGCGGGCGGUGACUACAAAAAGGCGUUUGAAGAGCUGUUUCCUGGGGAGAAAGUUCCCGGGGUCGUAGGCGUGAGUUGCUGUGCGCAGUUUGCGGCGACGCGGGAGAAGGUGUGGGAGAGGACGCGCGACGAGUAUGUGCGGUUUAGAGAGUGGAUUGUAAAGACGGAGCUUGGGGAUGCGAUUAGUGGGCGGGUGUUUGAGUAUUCGUGGCAUAUUAUUUUCGGGAAACCGGCUGUACAUUGUCCAACGGUCAAGAGUUGCUAUUGCAAUGUCUUUGGGCUGUGCGAUUUGACGUGUAGGGAUCAGGGGAGUUGUGAGGGAAGAUAUACAUUACCGCCUUACUCGGUGCUGCCGAAAGGAUGGCCGUUGGUGGGGUGGGAUGGUAAGGAGAGGGAAAGAGCGGCGUCGGAAGACUGA